GAAGGAUUUGGGGUUUGUUCUUGCGUGGAAUUGGUGUCGAUUUUCGGGUUGUUGAGGAGAUGGGAGCAGAGGUCAGUGGGCAAGGUUAGGUCGAUUUCAGGGUACCCUUGAUGUGGGAUUCAAGGGUGAACUUCAACAGCUCUUCCAUGCUCUCUUUCAAUUUGGGUUCAACCAUUUUGACUGCCGGGUCUCACAAAUGGGGAAAAAGCUCAGUCCAGAGAUCGAAUUAGGAAUUUAGGAUGAAUCGGAAGCUGCGGUUGUGCCAAUAUUCUGAUAAAGGGUCAGCCAUGCAUGGUGGAGGUGGUCCGGGUGGAGGUCCUGGAGGGGGAGGGCCUGGAGGUCCAGGAGGACCGUGGGGUCCGGGAUUUGGCUUCUUUGGCGGGUUUGGCAAUGGCCUAUGCGAUAUGAUAUGUUCUUGCUUCCACUGCUUGUGCUGUUGUUGCUUGCUAGAUGAAUGCUUUGGUGGGCCUCGUGGUGGAUAUGGACCUCCUGGAGGACCUCCUCCUCCAUUCUGAUGAAGUUUAUUUGUUACUACUAUACUGAGGUUGGCUGCAUCUAUACUUCUAUGUAGUACUUAAUAAUCAAGAGCUCUAUAUAUAUAAUUAUGAAGCUCUCUACUGGAUGCAGCUUAUUAUUGCCACUUUGCAUUUUGAGUUUUGUUAAUGUCAGCUUAUUCUGACCACAUUUGUUAAUCUAAACUUCAGUGAAAA